CAACUUCCUGCGUCGUUGCACGCGCGUAAGCUAGCUAAAUAACACGGCUAGUCAACGAAGCUGCUGGACCGGUGUUAUUAGCUGUUAUUAAGCAGAUAUUUCGAUCAUGGAGCCGAUUUUAGAGCAGCAGCGUCGCUACCACGAGGAGCUGGAGAGGCUAAUGGACGCUAAAACGAAGGAGAUGUUACACAAGAAAACGACGUUGCGCGACCAGAUUAAUUCUGAUCAUCGUACACGAGCUAUGUUGGACAGGUACAUGGAAGUGAGUGGAAACCUCAGAGACGGAUAUGAGGACAAGGAUGGUUUGAGAAAGGAAGAGCUGAGUGCCAUCUCCGGCCCGAACGAGUUCGCAGAGUUCUACAACCGGCUAAAACAGAUUAAGGAAUUCCACAGGAAACAUCCGAAUGAGAUCUGUGUGCCCAUGUCUGUGGAGUUUGAGGAGCUGAUGAAGGCUAGAGAUAACCUCAGCGAGGAAGCACAGAAUCUAGUGGAGUUCACCGAUGAGGAAGGGUAUGGUCGCUAUCUAGACCUCCACGACUGUUACCUGAAGUACAUCAAUCUGAAAGGAUCAGAGAAACUGGAAUACGUCUCGUAUUUAUCGUCCUUCGAUCAGCUUUUCGAUAUCUCCAAAGACAGGAAGAACGCAGAGUAUAAAAGGUAUCUGGAGAUGCUGCUGGAUUACCUGCAGGGUUACACAGACAGAGUGAAGCCUCUGCUGGAUCAGAACGAGCUGUACGGCAAAGUGCUAAUCGAUUUUGAGAAGAAGUGGGACAACGGCACGUUUCCUGGCUGGCCGAAAGAAGCUAGCAGUGCCCUGACCCAUGCUGGAGCUCAUCUGGACUUGUCUGCGUUCUCCUCCUGGGAGGAGUUGGCAUCACUGGGUCUGGACAGGUUAAAGUCUGCGCUCAUGGCUCUGGGCUUAAAGUGUGGUGGCACACUCGAGGAAAGAGCGCAGCGGCUGUUCAGCACUAAAGGCAAAUCUCUGGAGUCAUUGGAUCCGUCUCUUUUUGCCAAAAAUCCUAAAGCCAAGGGGCCAAAGAAAGACACAGAACGUAACAAGGAGAUCGGUUUCCUGGAAGCACAAAUUUACGAAUACGUGGAGGUUUUGGGGGAGCAGAGACAGCUGACACACGAGAACGUCCAGAGAAAGCAGGCGAGAACGGGCGAGGAGCGCGAAGAGGACGACGAAGAGCAGCCUAGUGAGAGCGAGAGUGAAGACGAGGACAACGAGAUCAUCUACAAUCCCAAAAAUUUGCCGCUGGGUUGGGACGGCAAGCCCAUUCCAUACUGGCUGUACAAACUUCACGGCCUAAACAUCAACUACAACUGUGAAAUCUGCGGGAACUACACAUACAGAGGACCCAAAGCCUUCCAGAGACACUUUGCAGAGUGGAGACACGCUCAUGGCAUGCGCUGCUUGGGCAUCCCGAACACCGCCCACUUUGCCAACGUCACCCAGAUCGAGGACGCAGUGUCCCUUUGGUCAAAGCUGAAGUCACAGAAGGCAUUAGAGAGGUGGCAGCCUGAUACUGAGGAGGAGUACGAGGACUCCAGCGGGAAUGUGGUUAACAAGAAGACCUAUGAGGAUCUGAAGAGACAGGGACUGCUUUAGAUAGUCGCAUAAGCGCACAAUUCCAGAAAGUCAUGUACCGUUAAAAAAAAAAAAACAUCCUUUAUGAUUAUGGAUUUUUUUUUUUACCCAUUCAUGUGUAUUUUUUUUUUUUUUUUCAGAAAUACUUGUUUUUAUUAGGAUAUUCUUCAUUUUGGAUUCUGUAAAAAAAUAUUAGGUAUUAGUUUCAUUAUUGAAUAAAUUUAAGAACAUUUUCA